CGCGCUAUAGCGCGAAUGGUGCGCCGACAUGGGGGGGCCGCGGCGCGUGUCGAGUGCACUGCUGCUGCCCUUCGCGCUGCUCGCGCUCCCAACAUCCGAUGCCAAUGCCACCACAUACCGGGAAGAUGUAGAGUCAUCUUUGCGACUAGUGCACGCAGUGGCAUCGGGCGCGACUGGCGCUCUAUGCGUGACGCAUCGGUACGGAAGACUACGCGCUCCCCUGCACGCGGCGCGCUGGGACACGGUGAAAGCACGCGCAGACCUGGCUGCGAACGUGCUUCAUCAGCUGGGGUUGGAGACUGCUGAAACCCUAAUGGCAGUAUCUCAAGGGCUGGUGAUGGGGUCAGAACGCGCGGUGGGCUCUCGAGCGCUGGCGCUUCGGUCCGACGGGGUGGUCAACAGUGCGGUGGCCUGGGAGCGCUACGGCACUGCGGAACCGGUGCCCGUGGUAACACCACAACUGGAAAAACCGCCUGACCCUGAAUAUCCUUGGUACGUUUCGGCACACAAUAGUGAAUCUCUUCGUUCAUCCAAAUUUAUGCCUUCUCCGAUUGGAGUCCAAAUGGAAGGCUGGUGGACGUAUCCUUAUUACAGUUGUGAAGCAAAACGGUGGCUACUCUCGUACACUGUUCCAGUCUCAACAGUUCGAGGUUUGAAAGGUGUAGUCUCCCUUGAUAUUGAUAUAUCUAAUUUGGAAAUAAAUCAAUGUGAAGCAGAAGUUGAAGAUGACUGUAGCAAUCAGAUUUAUUCAUUCCAUGGUACGCACAAGUGCCCAAACGAAACUACUUAUUGUGAAUAUAGACCAAAUCGAGAAAUAAGUGCACGGCAUGCCGGUUGGGCGCGUGGGUUGUAUAUUUGCAAGUGCAGACCAGGAUAUUACUCCACAAAUCAUCCAGAAGGAUUUAAUGGAUCAUUAGUAGAAGUUGCAUACCAAGAGUUUGAAGAAAACGGUGUGGAAAACUGGAGUGAACCUUACGAAUGCUUAAAAUGCCAGCCAGGAUGCGAAUCAUGCAAAGGACCGGAACCAUGCCUUGCAACUUACAACUGGCCAUUCCGGAUAUCACUACUAGUAAUAUCAGUAAGCUGUGCGGUGAUGACAGUAUGCCUGACGAUCUACACACGCCACCACCGUCGUGUGAAGGUCUUCCGUGUGGCCAGCCCUGUAUUUCUCUCAAUCACCUUGCUAGGUUGUGCUAUAAUGUACAUGGAGAUGGCAGCAAUUUUCCCAGUACUUGAUAGAUAUUCAUGCAUUGCUACAAAAUGGACUCGCCACAUGGGUUUCUGCAUAACUUACACUGCCUUGCUCAUGAAGACUUGGAGGGUUUCACUGACAUACCGAGUGAAGUCAGCCCAUAAACUGAAACUGACUGACAAGCAACUGCUGCAAUGGAUGGCUCCGAUACUGCUCAUUAUGCUGGUCUACCUUUGUACUUGGACUUUGUCCUCUCCACCUGAUGCUGAAGUUAUAACUGACAACAAAGGUCUCAAGUUCAAACAAUGCACAUACAAUUGGUGGGACCACAGUUUAGCUAUAGGGGAAAUAUUGUUUCUGCUUUGGGGCGUUCGCGUCUGCUACAGAGUGCGACAUGCAGAGAGCUUGUACAACGAGGCGAGGCUCAUCUCUAUCGCAAUAUACAACAUAUUUACUGUCAACUCUCUUAUGAUCGCUUUCCAUUUACUAAUCUUGCCAAGAGCUGGACCAGACAUCAAAUACCUGCUGGGUUUCAUCAGAACCCAGUUGUCUACAUCCACUACAGUGCUGUUAGUUUUCUUGCCAAAGGUGCUUCGCGUAGUCCGCGGCACAGGCGACACCUGGGACAGCCGGGCUCGGGCCCGGGGCGUGCCGGCGUCGUCGUCGCUCAACGGCAUUGGGCUGGUGCCUGACGAGCCGCCCGACUUGUACCAGGAGAACGAGGAGCUCAAGGAGGAGGUCCAAAAGCUAGCAGCACAGAUAGAGUUCAUGAAGAUAGUUCAGAUGGAGAUGCACAACCGUCACUUAAGACCACGGCCUGGCGGUUACUUCACGACCACCGCCAACGCAGCGCCGCAGAGCCCUAUGCAUCCCACGGUGAACAUCUCACAGGACAGCACAGAAUGGGCAGGCCCCGUGUGACUGGUGGCGCUGAGCGACAACGGCUGGUCGUGGCCGGGGCCCGCUGCGCGCCGCGUCACAACCGCGCGCGAUCCCCGUCCGCCCGCCUACGUGUAGCACCGCAACUCGCACCGCAACUCGCACCACAACUCGCACCACAACUCGCACCGCAACUCGCACCACAACUCGCACCGCAACUCGCACCACAACUCGCACCAUGCACCGCGUUAAACGAGCCCGCCUCCGUGUAGCACUGCCCUUAGCACCGAAACUCUCACGACGACUCGCACCACAACUUGCAACGCAACUCGCACCACACACCGCGUCGAACGAGCCUGCCUUCGUGUGGCACCGCAACUCGCACCACAACUCUCACCAACCACGCACCGCGUCGAACGAGCCCGCCUUUAUGUAGCACCACAACUCACACCACAACCUACACCACUACUCGCACCGCAACUCGCACCGCAACUCGCACCAUGCACCGCGUCAAACGAGCCCGCCUUCAUGUAGCACCACAACUCACACCGAAACUCACACCACAACCUACAC